ACUUCAUCGACGGUCACGAUCAAUUCAUACAUUAAUCAACGGACUAUAGAUCGUCACGUGCAGAAUCGGACUUCUGACAUAAAAGGCAGGGUUUUUCGUUUCCGGCGACUUCUCGAGAUGUUUUUAUCAUCGACAUAGAAACCCAAAAAGAUUGAAAGAAGAUGCAUUACAUGGAUUUGUUUAGUAAAGCUGGGAACAUAUUUAGGCAGCCUAGAGCUUUGCAGUCCGCCAACGCUAUGUUACAGGGCAAUCUUUCUUUGACUCCCUCCAAACUCUUUGUUGGAGGUCUCUCAUCAACUACUGAUGUAGAUAUCUUGAGAGAUGCUUUUGGCAGAUUUGGCAAAAUUGUUGAUGUCGUAGUGAUUUCGGACCGUGAGACUGGUGUAUCGAAGGGAUUUGGUUUCGUAACAUACGAUUCGAUUGAUGCUGCUAAUAAGGCAAUGCAACAGAUGAAUGAUCAGGAACUUGAUGGGCGAAUAAUUGGAGUGAACCCAGCCGAUUCAGGAGGCAGUGGAGGUGGUUUAGCAAGACGGGGAGGUCGUGGUGGUGGCCGAGGAGGGUUCGGUCGUGGUGGAUUUGGACGUGGAGGCUAUAACUUUGUUCGUUAACUUGAGAUCCAGAAUGUCUAUCAACAAGAUCUGAUUAAUCUAUUGUUUGAUUUUCUCUUCACAAAGACCAACAUUUUGUUAUAAGUUCAGUGAAGCUUGAACAAACAGAUCAAGUGGCUGCCAAAAACAUUUAUUGAUUCAAUGGAGUUUUCAUACAUUCAAAGGAAAA